UCCUCCCGCAAGGGCUCGCUGGGAGUUGUAGUUCUCCAUUUGCAUCCGUUCCUUCCCGAUGUUUGGGAGCGGCUGAAGAGCAGUGUGUGCGGUGUCUGAUCCCGGUGACAACGAUCCGACAGCAGCUGAUGGUGUGGAAGUAGAGCUCAAAAGAUGACUGCCAUCAAACAUGCCCUGCAAAGGGAUAUCUUUACCCCAAAUGAUGAACGGCUGUUAAGCAUUGUGAACGUGUGCAAGGCUGGAAAGAAGAAGAAAAACUGCUUUUUAUGUGCCACUGUAACAACAGAACGUCCUGUGCGUGUGAACGUGGUGAAAGUGAAAAAAGCUGACAAAGGAGAUUUCUAUAAAACACAGACUGUCUGGUUGCUUAAAGACCUUGCUGUAGUGGAUGCAAAAGAUGCUGUCAAAGAAAAUCCAGAUUUUGACUUGCAUUUUGACAAAGUGUACAAAUGGGUUGCCAGCAGCACAGCAGAGAAGAAUACAUUCAUUUCCUGUAUUUGGAAGCUGAACCAGAGAUAUCUCCGGAAGAAAAUUGAGUUUGCCAAUGUCAGCUCCCAGCUUUUGGAAGAACUACCUAAAGUUGCAGAAGAAUCUGUCCCUAGUGGCGAGAAUCAAAAUGUAGCUGGAGGGGAUGAAGAAGCUGCCGCAGAGUAUCAGGAGUUAAAUACCAGAGAGAAGCAGGACAUUGAAAUAAUGAUGGAGGGAUGUGAAUAUGCCAUCUCCAAUGCAGAGGCCUUUGCAGAAAAGUUAUCACGGGAGCUGCAGGUUUUGGAUGGGGCCAAUAUCCAAUCAAUCAUGGCUUCUGAGAAGCAAGUUAACAUCCUUAUGCAGCUGCUCGAUGAAGCACUGAAGGAAGUGGAUCAAAUUGAAGGAAAACUGAGUAGUUAUGAGGAGAUGCUGCAGAGUGUGAAGGAACAAAUGGAUCAUAUUUCCGAAAGUAACCACCUUAUUGAGCUCAGCAAGACAAAUAGUGAGACACUUCUGGGCGAGAUUGAGUUCCUAGUAAACCAUAUGGACUUAUCCAAGGGUCAUAUUAAAGCUCUUCAGGAAGCAGAUCUCUCCUCCUCUCGAGGGAUCGAGGCCUGUACUAAUGCAUCAGAAGCUCUUUUACAGUGUAUGAAUGUAGCACUUCAUCCAGGGCACAAAAUGCUUCAGGCUGUUAAGCAACAGCAGCAGUUAUUCAGUGACCUCCGAGAACAGUUUGCCCGAAGGCUUGCAAGCCACCUGAACAAUGUUUUUGUCCAACAGUUCACGCAGAUGUUUCCUUACUUGUAUAGCAGGUCCUACUCUCUGUCUAAGGCUGGCCAUGAUCAGGGUUCUGCUCUAACUGUUGAAAUGACACUACCAAACCACCAUCCUUUCCACCGAGAUUUGCUGCGAUAUGCCAAGUUAAUGGAGUGGCUUAAAACAACAGAAUACAAUAGAUAUGAAGGCCUUAUGAAGAAUUACAAGGAUUAUAUUGUACGCUUGUAUGAUAGAGAAAUCCGAGACUUUUUUGAAGUUGCUAGGAACAAGAUGACUGGUGCAACUAAAGAAGGGAAGAAGUUUGCAACGCUGCCUCGAAAAGAAACCGCCAUGAAACAGGAGACGGAGAGUCUUCAUGGAAGUUCUGGGAAGCUGACGGGGUCCACAUCCAGCCUCAAUAAACUCACUGUUCAGGGCCCUGGCAAUCGUAGGUCUCAAUCAUCCUCACUCCUAGACAUGGGAAACAUGUCUGCCUCAGAUCUGGAUGUAGCAGACAGAACGAAGUUUGACAAGAUCUUCGCGCAGGUUCUAAGUGAACUGGAGCCUCUUUGUCUGGCCGAGCAAGACUUCAUCAGUAAAUUCUUUAAUCUGUCCCAACAUCAGAGCAUGUCUCGAACACCCAUGGGUGACCAAGAUGAGAGCGAUGGUGGAACUUUAUCUCGACAUCUAAAUACUGGAGCACAGCAGUCCAUGCCAUCAGAGAAGGAUUUGAUCCGCCAGAUUAUGACUUUCAUAUUUCGUAGUAUUGAGCCAGAACUGAACACUCUUAUAGCGCUGGGUGAUAAAAUUGACAGCUUUAAUUCUCUGUACAUGCUGGUGAAGAUGAGUCACCACGUCUGGACAGCAGAAAAUGUAGACUCUGGCUCCUUCUUGAGCACCACAUUGGGCAAUGUCCUUGUAACCGUGAAGAGAAACUUUGAUAAAUGCAUAAUUAAUCAGAUAAAGCAGAUGGAAGAAGUGAAGAUCUCGAAGAAAAGCAAAGUCGGCAUCCUCCCAUUUGUGUCAGGCUUUGAAGAGUUUGCCGAACUUGCUGAAUCAAUCUUUCGUGUAGCAGAGAGACGUGGAGAUCUGGACAAAGCAUACACUAAACUUAUCAAAGCUGUGUUCAUCAAUGUUGAAAAAGUAGCUAACGAAAGUCAAAAGACACCCAGGGACGUGGUGAUGAUGGAAAACUUCCACCACAUUUUUGCUACUCUUUCCCGCCUAAAGAUAUCAUGCCUAGAAACCGAGAAGAGAGAAGCCAAACAAAAGUACGGUGACCACCUGCAGUCUUAUGUCAUAUACUCACUGGGACACCCACUGGAAAAAUUAAACAUAUUCUUUGAAGGGGUGAAAGCACGCGUUGCCCAGGGAAUUGGCUAUGAGGAAGUCAGCUACCAGCUAGCUUUUAGCAAGCAAGAACUGCGGAAAGUCAUAAAGGACUACCCUGGAAAGGAAGUGAAGAAAGGCCUGGAUAACCUUUACCGCAAAGUGGACAAACAUCUAUGUGAGGAGGAGAACUUGUUACAGGUGGUCUGGCACUCCAUGCAGGAUGAAUUCAUCCGUCAGUACAAGGACUUUGAGGGUCUCAUUGAGAAAUGUUACACUGGAGCUGGUAUUACCAUGGAAUUUACAAUCCAGGACAUUCUGGAUUACUUCUCUAGCAUUGCCCAGUCGCAUUAGUAACCAGCAGCUUAAAAAGGCAUAAUAUGAGCAAUACUGCACUUUAUGUAUUACUUGCAUUAACAAGCAGUCCCUACAAAGGGUCACCUUAUAUUGUGUUUGUGCUAUCUAUAAAACUACUGAAAGGAAUUAUAACCUUUUGUAAACUUGCCACGGCUAACCUUUUGAGUGCAUAUGGCACACUUCUGGCACUCAGAGGGUUAAAUGUAAUCAUUUACAGGGCAAAACACACCAGAGAAAGAAGAGAAAAUGAUGAGACAUCUGUUAUGAAAGAUAAAUAUGCUAAUUUGUUCGCUGAUCGCUAACAUGAGAACUGAGCAGUACUUUAAAGUGUGAUGUGUGUCCUAUAUAUUCAGAGCACUCUGAAAAAGCUUUCGUUUUUUUCUGUAUUUCUUUUUAAAAAUGU